CACAUUUCCGGCAUCCGGGAUUUAAUCUCAGGCUGAUCGUCCUGUAAGAAACUCUGAAUCAGUGUCUUUGUAUUUACCCGAACUUUUCUGGAGGCAGGAGAACAGUUUUUUGUAGCAGACAUCGGAAAUCCAGCUUGUUUUGGGGCUGAUAUCUGAACGGUCAGUUCACCCCCAACAGCAGCAGCAGCCCGGCCGGUGCAGGCAGCGCUCAGCACCAUGGAGAGCAACGUGGUGCGCAUCUUCAAAGAGGACAGGUGUCCCUCAGGCCAGCUGGAGGAGUGUUUCCCAAACUUCACCUUGCCAUCCGGCUCGUUGGACAUCUUAAACUACACACUCAACGGCACCUGGGAUGCUGAACCCGAGCCCAUGUCGCCCAUCAUCCCCAUCAUAGUCGCGGUGUACUCCGUGGUGUUUGUGGUGGGCUUGGCGGGCAAUUGUUUGGUGAUGUAUGUCAUCAUUAGAUACACCAAAAUGAAAACAGCCACCAACAUCUAUAUCUUCAACCUGGCUGUGGCCGACGCCCUGGUCACCACCACCAUGCCUUUCCAGAGCACCGACUACCUGCUCAGCUCCUGGCCGUUUGGCGAGGUGGCGUGCAAGGUCUUCAUCUCCAUCGAUUACUACAACAUGUUCACCAGCAUCUUCACCUUGACCAUGAUGAGCGUGGACCGCUACGUGGCCGUGUGCCACCCGGUCAAGGCCCUGGAUUUUCGCACGCCCGUCAAGGCCAAGAUCAUAAAUGUGAUCAUAUGGGUGCUGUCAUCUGCUGCUGGGAUCCCUGCCAUGACGCUCGGCGGAACGAAGACCAACAACGGGACUACAGAGUGUGCCCUGCAGUUCCCUGAACCCUACAGUUACUGGGACACCCUGAUGAAGAUCUGCGUCUUCAUCUUCGGCUUUGUGGCACCCGUCAUCAUCAUCACCGUCUGCUACUCUCUGAUGGUCAUGCGGCUGAAGAGCGUGCGCCUGCUAUCAGGCUCACGCGAGAAGGACCGCAACCUGCGCCGUAUCACCCGUCUGGUUCUGGUGGUGGUCGCCGUCUUUGUGGUGUGCUGGACACCCAUCCACAUCUUUAUCUUAGUCAAGGCGCUGUCCGGCAACGUGCCCGAGACCACCGCCGUCAUGGCUGCCUACUUCUUUUGCGUGGCACUGGGCUACACCAACAGCAGCCUCAACCCCAUCCUCUACGCCUUCCUGGAUGAGAACUUCAAGAGGUGCUUCAGAGACUUUUGCUGCCCAGGCACCCAAGGACAUGGAGACUCUCACGGGGUGAGCCGGGUGAGGAGCACUUUACGGGACCACACGUGUCCCACAGAAGCGCGGGCAGAUAUGAGGCAUGCCAGACCCGUAUGACUAGCCAUGGACGUGUCCUCUAUGCCCUAUCAGGGCUGGGAGGACUCCAAUGACCUUGGGUUGACUCAAGUCACCACUGCCAUCUGAGGGAAAGGCUAGAGAGGGCUAGUUAUUUAUUCAUCCAGCAUGUUGGUCAGAGAAUCCAAAAACAGGUUCAUGUAGAAGAUCAUCUUGUGAUAUUUACAAUUUUUUAUUGUCAACAAAUCACAUAAAAAAACCUAAACCAUCGCAGAAUGGAUCCUACUAACCGGUAUUCGCUGUGCAGUUGAGAUGUGAUAUGUUAUUUCUUUACUAUUGGCCAAAAACCAUUGACAUGGCAUGUUCCUUCAUUGUGAUGAAUAUAUGCA